GCUUCCGUAGACAGCUGAAGUUCUUCCUGUGAGGUCAGCGCGGUUGUGCAGCAGUAUUAAGCACUGGACCCUAACACCAAACAUGGCUUUCCAGUGUCAACGAGACUGCUUUAUGAAGGAGUUCGUCACCACUGUAGUGUCCUGCUGCCCUGCUGAACAUAAACAAGAAGUCAAUGGAAAGAAAGAAACUGUUAAAGGCUUCAACGUCAAACUUCAAGAUACCAUCUUGUUUCCGGAGGGGGGUGGUCAACCGGACGACCAUGGGUUAAUAGGAGACGUGCCAGUCAUCAAGGUGACGAGGCAUGGGGCUGAUGCCGUCCACUUUGUUAGCUCCUCGCUGGAGGUGGGCCAGGAGGUGCAGCUUAAGUUGGACUGGGACAGGAGGUUUGACCACAUGCAGCAACACUCGGGUCAACAUCUCAUCUCCGCCCUGGCAGAAACAAUGUUCGGCUUUAAGACAACUUCAUGGGAGCUGGGGCGCCAGCGGAGCAACAUAGAGCUGGACACGGCCAGCGUGACCCCGGCCCAGCUGCAGGCCCUGGAGGAGGCCGUGAACGAGAAGAUCCGGGCCCACGUCCCAGUCACCCUGCAGCUGCUCGCCUUGGACGACCCCGCCCUGGAAAAGGCCAGGAGCCGGGGGCUGCCUGAUGACCUCGCAGGCCCCGUCCGGAUCAUCGACAUUGAGGGUAUCGACGCCAACAUGUGCUGCGGAACCCAUGUGUCCAACCUCAGCCAACUACAGGCGAUUAAACUCCUGUCCACCGAAAAGGGAAAGAAGAACAAAACUAACCUGAUCUUCUUGGUGGGAAACCGGGUUCUGAAAUAUGCAGAGAAAUGCUACAGCACCGAGCGGUCGCUGGUCUCCCUUUUAAAAACUGGACCUGACGAGCACGUAGAGGCCGUCGCCAAGACCCAGAAGUGUGUGAAGCUCCUGCAGAAAAGCAAUCUGGGCUUGCUGCGAGACUUGGCCCUUCUCAUCGCACAGAACUUCAAGAGCAGCCCACAAAGAGGCAACUUCUUCACCUUGCACAAAAAAGAAGGCGACAACGAAUUCAUGAACAUCAUCGCAAACGAAAUCGGCCCCGAGACGCUGGUGUUCCUGAGUGUCGGGGAGGAGAAGGGGCCUGGGCUGUUCCUCCUGGCCGGUCCCAGUGAUGUGGUUUCAGAGAUGGGACCGCGGGCCCUGGAGAUGCUUGAAGGGAAGGGGGCGGGGAAGAACGGGCGGUUCCAGGGCAAGGCCAACAGCCUGGCACGGCUAGGGGAGGUGGAGGCCGUGCUCCAGCAGCGCUGCCAGCUACUGGCCUCAGGGGAAGAGUAAAGGCACCAGCCCAUGAAAGCGGAAGAAUACUCUGAAACCCAGGGAUGGGUUGGAUGUGUAGAAAUCCCAGCUCUUCUGACAGCUUACUUUGUAGAAUUUGUUUUGAAAUCAGAAAUUUAGUUUUGUGGUAAACACAGAAUGUAAGACUUACAUGUGUACAUGUGUUUUAAACUCAGGACGUGUAGAUUACAUGUUGGGCUCUGCUGAAUUUAUCUUAAUGUUGAGUAGGAUUAACAUUUCUUUUUAUAAAAAAUUAUGUAUACUUUCCUGUCCUAUUUUUCUGGUGAUCUUCACGUGCUGCUAUCAUUAGCAUUGUCUUGUUCAGUUGGAAUCAAUUUGAGGAGAGGCAACAAUUUUUUUUUAUACAUUUUUAUUCAUCAAAAAUAGGUGGUGAUUCAAUCAGCAUUACACAAUUUAAGCAAUCCCAUCCUGAUUUGCUUUCUCUUCAUGCAUAAAACUCAUCCCUUCCCACGUGGCCGUAAAAAUAAAAAAAGUUUACAGUU